GAAUUCCUCAUAUUCCCUAAGUUUCCCACAGAAUCCCUUCUCUUCACUCAACGGCUGGUUCAACAAGCAUCCUCUUUAGUGCUUGUCAUUUUCUCAAAUCAUACACAAUUUCUUUCCCCAAGGAUUUUGAAUCUGGUUCCAUGCACUUUUUGGUGGAGAAUCUACUUAUCAUAAAGUGACCUUAAUUUAUGUUUGAUUUCAUUGUCAUAGCAUUUAAUUGCAUCCUCCAAGUAUAUAUGUUCUUAUCCCACACUCAAAGUUCAAGCUCCGUGCGCAAUACAUACAUACAUACUCAUCACAUAAGCGUGGUUCCAAAUCCACAACAACAAAAAGACUGUUACUUUGUUUGAUCUAUACACAACAUCAUGCUAUCAUUGCCUUUCAUACACCAUGUUAUCACAGGUCGUUGGUUCAUGAUCUUCGCAUCAUGUCUCAUCAUGGCUGUUUCUGGAGCAACCUACAUGUUUGGUUUGUACUCAAACGAGGUCAAAACCUCUCUGGGGUAUGACCAGUCAACGCUCAACUUGAUAAGCUUCUUCAAGGACCUUGGUGCCAACCUUGGAAUUUUCUCAGGCUUGAUCAAUGAGAUAAGCCCUCCAUGGGUGAUACUAGCCAUGGGAGCCACCAUGAACUUCAUUGGCUACUUCAUGAUAUGGCUCUCUGUCACUUCACGCAUUGCCAAACCCCAAGUGUGGCAAAUGUGUCUGUAUUUUUACAUUGGUGCCAAUUCUCAGUCUUUUGCCAACACUGGUGCUUUGGUUAACUGUGUCAAGAGCUUCCCAAGAAGUCGUGGAAGUGUCAUUGGUCUUCUUAAGGGUUAUGUGGGUCUAAGUGGUGCUAUUUUCACUCAGUUUUACCAUGCCUUCUAUGGUGAUGACUCUAAGGCUCUUAUUUUCCUCAUUGGGUGGCUUCCUGCUGCUAUUUCCUUCGUUUUCCUUCCAACGGUUAGGGUGUUGAGUAUAACCCCACAACCCAAAGAGAUCAAGGUUUUCUACCAGCUUCUUUAUAUCUCACUUGGGGUUGCAGGGUUUCUCAUGGUGUUGAUUAUUAUACAAAACAAGUUGAGUUUCACAAGGGUGGAGUACAUAGGGGAUGGCAUGGUGGUUCUUUUAUUACUUCUUCUCCCACUUGGUGUUGUGUUUAGUGAAGAAUUCAAACUUUGGAAGAACCAAAACCAAAACCAAACAUUCACUAAUCAUGCAGGUGCUGCUUCAGUUGUUGAAUUGCCACAGCCAGAAGAAGCACAUGCAGUAGCACCAACUCAUUCAGAAAGGAAAAACAACAACUCGUGCUUGAAGAACGUUUUCAAGCCUCCAAAAAGGGGUGAGGACUACACCAUCUUCCAAGCCCUCUUCAGCAUUGACAUGCUGAUUCUGUUCAUUGCAACAGUUUUUGGUGUUGGUGGAACAUUGACAGCACUUGACAAUUUAGGACAGAUUGGGAACUCAUUGGGGUACCCCAGAAAGAGCCUCACAACUUUUGUGUCCCUUGUGAGCAUAUGGAACUAUUUGGGACGAGCAUCUUCUGGCUUUGCCUCUGAGUACUUAUUGAUCAAAUACAAGUUCCCUCGUCCCUUGUUGCUCACUCUAGUCAUGCUUCUCUCUUGUGUUGGCCACAUUCUAAUUGCUUUUGGUAUCCCAAACUCUCUUUACUUCUCCUCAGUGAUUAUUGGGUUUUGCUUUGGGGCCAUAUGGCCCUUAAUGUUUGCCAUCAUAUCUGAAAUAUUUGGCCUCAAAUACUACUCCACUUUGUACAAUUUUGGGGCAGUGGCAAGCCCUGUUGGCUCUUACAUUCUCAAUGUGAAAGUGACUGGUUAUUUGUAUGAUAAAGAGGCUUUGAAGCAGUUGGGGGUGAAGGGACUCAUAAGGCAAAAGGGGAAGGACCUAACUUGCGUUGGAGUGCAAUGCUAUAGGAUGGCUUUUCUCAUUAUCACUGCUUCAACUUUGGUUGGAUGUGUUGUUUCUUUUAUUCUUGUGUUGAGGACUAGAAAUUUUUACAAAGGUGACAUUUAUGAGAAGUUCAGAGUUCUUGAACUAGACACAGGAGAGAGUCUUCCAACUUUUGGCAGCACUAGUGGCACCACCACUACCACAAACCGCGUGGAAGAACAAGAUAAAAUCAAUAGGAAAUAAUGUAUGCUUUAUGUUUGCUUGGUUUAACUUGUUGGUUUGAGUAAAAAAAAUAUUCCUCUUACAAGUUUUGUCUAUAAACAAUCAUGCAAUUAUUUUGCAUCAACAAUGUUGAGCUUUUUAUGGACAUCAAAGUUUAGUCUCAGAUUUGAUCAGUACCCUCAAAUUUAAACUUCGAAAAUGCAGUUAUGUUAGUAA